ACGUGUCUGGCAACUGUGGCGCAUAAAAUGUCGGAAGCUGCGGGAUUGCCUGAAGCCGACGCGUCCGGCAAGACAAUUUUGUACCUAGAUUUCAACUCUCUCGUGUCGGCAGCAGCACCAGGAAAUCCCCAGAAUGUGGUUAUAGUGAAUAGUAACCUUACAAACACGUACGCGUCCAGCAUACAUGCGGGGAACAUCACAAAAGUGUACGACGUUCCCCUGGAGGACAUCAUACGUCCAAUUCCCAUCUCGUCUUUUGACGAAGAUCGGGUGAGGAGCCUCGUUGAACUCCUCGAGAAUCCCAACACAAAGGACCAGGUUGCCCCUGUGGACUUGUUGUGGAUCAAGGGUCGCCUUGGCGGGAACUACUACUACGCCUUUGGCGGAAACCACAGGUUCGAGGCCCACUACAGGAUGGGGCUGUCGACAAUACGCGCAAAACUCAUCCGUUCCACGAUCACGGACCUCCAGACCUACCUGGGCGUACACACACCAGACCUAAAGUGAUAGCCUCGCUAAAGGACAUUCGUCACAGAAAUUCAUAUUGUACAGAACUUAGUGGUGCGAGUACCAGCGUGAUUCACGACUGUGCUUGUUUCGAAUCGACUCCAGCUUCACGUGUACAUAGAGAGGUUUCAUUUUUUAAAGUUGUGGGAGUGUUGUUCAUCUGGUGAGAGUUUUAAAUGUCAAAUGCACCGUUAAUGAAUUUUUUUUAGGGUACCUCCCUUUCAUUUUUGUGUUACAAUAGUUGGAAAGAAAUGUUAGCAACAAAAUGAGUGUAGCAACAAAAUUUUGUACGACAGAAUUUCAAGUAAUCCGGCGAUCCAGUGAAGGUAAAUUGAAGCAAAACUCUCAGUACGAAAGCCAUCGAUAUCUCGAACAGAGACUGGUAGAACAACAGCAUAUUGCUUCAACCAGAAUGUCAGGUACCAAGAUUAGGAUCCAAUGACAACAGGAUUUGGCAUAGAAGGUGUAAUGAAACAUAGGGCAUACAUAAAGGCUUUUUAAAGCAUGUUUUGUGACCACUUCAUCUAUUUUUCCAAUUACUAUCUACAAGAAAGAGGCAGUGAUGCCUUUGCAUGUGCAUGGAAUUUGAUAUACUUUUGUGAAAAAACGGAAAAAAGCUCGUGGUUACAGAUGUAGUUAUGCAUACCUGUGUCUCGAAACCCAAGUCUCUCCUUUUUGAUAGCUCGCAGUGUCUAACGUGUGCACUCGGAGAUUCGUCGGUGUAUCUACUGCUAUUAAGGAACGUUAACAUUUUGCCAGAUGAAACAGUCUUUCCUUGGAUUGUACAGCGCUUUAGUGGAAUAAAUGUGCCAUACCGCA